UAAGCAAGGUAAGCAAAAUGUCUCAAAAUUAAAGACAGCCAAAGCAGAAUAUUCAUCAUUCAGUGGACAAAGUAAGGCAAAAUAAUCAAAAUUUCAACGGUGUUAUAAGCCAGAUGAGGGAACUGGGAAAUCAGCACCCAAAGUGAAAGUGAUGGAGUCAUUAAAUUAGGACUGAAAUCUAGUUGUGAAAAAAGAUAAACAAUGAGCACUCCAGAGAAACAGUCAAGUGUGGAAAUCACAUUGGAGGAUGAACACCACAAGAGGGCGCCAAUCUCUCUAUCGAGUACAAAGGAUGAGAAGCCUAAAGCGUUUCUGACCCAAUCAAGGACUGGGUCUGGAUCUAAGUAUAGUCAAUCUGAAACCUACAGUAUCGGAUUGUCAACCACCUUAGAUGGCAAGGUACAGAACAGAGUAGGACUGGCACCAAAUAAACCUGGCUAUGACAGAUCUGGCGCAGGAGGUCGUUCGGACAGCGCAGAAGGGGAUUCUGGGAUUGAUGAGGAGAGUCCCAGAUUCAAUCAACAAGAAGCAUUAGAUAAGGUCUACCCUCUCCCAGAUGGCUGGCCACGUCUCCAGGAUAAACUCUUUACGCGGAGGGCGCUUUUCUUCCGCAAGCCGAUGUCGCCGAGCAUUGCCAAAGCUGCUGAGCAGCUGCGGCUCCUGCAGGAUCGCAUCGAGGCCUGGAGCCGAGAGGUGGAGCUAGAUAUACUCAGCAGGAGAUCAUCUAUGGUCUCGGCUGUAAGUGUAAAGCCUCCAGCAGGACAACCAUCUUCAAGGGGUGCAGGAGAUGUAAGCACAAGACAGACACCGGCAGAGGGCAAAGUCCGCAAGCAGCUUCGGUUCGCAACUAACACUGAUCGUACAGGGACCAGUAUGUCAUCCAUGACGUCCAGUCACUAUACUACCCCAGCCCCUCCUCAUGGUACACCGGGCGGUGCAUCUACAGCUGAUCUCACUGUGCAAGGCAUAGGAACAGUUAUCUCAGAUUUGGAGAGCUUAGCGGACAUUCCUGAGGAGUCGGUCCCUCACCUCGGGGCGGAGGAGGUCAUCGAUGAGGUCGUGACCUUGUUAGGUCGGCUGGAGACGGACCGAGGAGAUACAGAGGAUUUGUUUAAGAAGGAGCAGGUUCGUGUGGGAUGGCUCCAAGGAAAAAUUGAUCGGAUCUCACAGAAAAGAAUGUAUGAGCUGCCAAGGGUUAUUCAACAAGAGCAUGAGGCUUGUGCUACAGAUAUAGCCGAGCUGAAGUGGCAUAAUGCCUAUAGAGGGCGCCAAAAGGACCGCAUCCAGAAUCAAGUAGAGAAUGCAGAGAUGUUAAAUUCAAGAUUGAAGGAGGAUAUUGCUUUUGUAGAAAAGCAUUGCCCUCUGGUAGAGGAGAAGUUAGAGCUAGAGAGAGGAGCUAUGAAGAGGAUAGAUGAAGCACAAGAACAAACUGAAGCAGAGCUGAACAAGACCAAUGAGAAGCUGAAGCGAACAGAGAACAAGUCUGCUGAAGCUCUUGGGAAAGCAGAUAAAGAAAGGGAACAUAUCAAGAAAGAAUUAGAAUCAGUCAGAGAGACUUUAGAAGAAAUUAACCAUGACUUAGAAGCUGCCAAGGUUUUAUUCCAAUCGUAUACCAGUCAAUGUUCUGACCUGAGAGACAAGAUUAAAACCGCAGAGCAUGAGAAGGUCUUGCUUCAUACAAGAGAAGAGAACUCGAGGAAAGCUGAAAAGCUGCAGGCUGUGAAGAUCAAACAAGUCCAGGAUCGCAUCAUUGAGGCCGAGUUUGAGCAUCGUAAGCUAGCUGAUAAUAGCGUCUCACUCAGUACUACCAUUGAAACACUGAGGAAAGAUCACAAGGAGUUGGUAGCACGUCAAGAAGAGUUAGCUAAAGACCUUUUAGCAACGUUGAGAUCAAAGGAAGAAGGAUGUAGAGAGAUGACUAUGACUCUUGAUGAUAUGGAUUCUAAGAUCAGAAAAUGUAAGAAACAGAAGACAUCCGAUGCUAAGAACACAGAGCGUAUCAAGCGUGAGAUGGGGAAGGUUGAGACACAGCUAGCGGUAGUGGAUGAAGAAUAUCAGAAGAUAAAGGUCAUCAAUGUAGCUGUUAGGAAUAAACUCACAGGAGAGGAAGAUAAGGCUAGAGCAAUGGAAGACUCAUUACAGAGUACGGUGGACAGUCUAAAAAAACAACUGAGAGAAGAGACUCACAACAGGACAGUCCUACAAGCUCGUAUUACAGCGGAUACUACGGAUCUAGCUAAGAGACAGGUUGAAGCGAAGAAGAAGAAAGCAAAGGUGACCCAGAAGGCUAAUGAGAUGGAUGAAAUCGUUGCCAGGGUUCUUGCCGAAACUAAGAUCUUGAGGGAAAAGAGGGCCAGCAGACAAAAGGCAAUCAACAAGAUUCAAGAAAGAAUGGAAAGCAUGAAACAAGAGGAAGAAGAACUCAAAGCUCAAACAAUCAACAAAAAAGCAGAAUUGGAACCUAAAUUGAAGAACCUACUGGAGGAAAUAUUAAAUCGUCAACGACGCUUGGAUCACAUGGCCUACAGGACAGACCUGAUCAACAAAAAGUUAGCUGAAAUGGCUCAGAGUGAAGGAUUCAUGGAUAGAGUCAUCAAGAACACAAGCGAAGAGAUUGAAGAAAUGAGUGCGGAUGUAGAAGAGAUGACCAUUCAGCUUGAGACCGGUCAGAAGCAGCAGAAAGAGCUUCAGAUGUCAUUAGAUCAGGUGACCGGUAGAAUGGGAGAUAGAGAUACCACCCAUUUAGAACACAUGGCAGCUAGGAGAGUUAUACUAGAAGAUCUAGUGGCUCAGCUAAGGGCAGGUCUAGACACCAAUGGAACCUUGGCCCAUGAAUACAGAGAACUCCAACAACACUACUACAAGAUCAAAGAAGAGAGUAUGAACUUAUUAGAGAAGAGAACAGGUCUGGAGAUGAGCCUCAAGGAUCACAGACAGCUGAACAGUCUUCAGAUCCGACUCCACCAUGCCCUCUCUCAUUAUUUCUUCAUCCGAGGGUUGUACAAUCAUAACGAGCUUGCAAGGUUUGAAGAGAUGUCUGCUGAGAAUGAGAUGAAGAUUGGAGAACUUCAAGAAGAUAUGAUAGCAGCCAUACAAACCAUCAGUGGCUUCUUGAAUGAACAGGUUGAUGGUACAGCAGCUAGACUAGUAACAGCUGCAGCUAGCACAGUUCUUAUGGACGGCACUGAGAAGGGUCUCGGUGUGACUCCAGAGGGCGCCUUAACAGGUCCUAUGACGAGAGCUGGUAGCAUGGGAGAUAAUCUUAAGAUGCCAUUGCCUAAGAUAAUGAAGACUCCUGAAGCGAUUAAGACGAACUGAUCAUCCAGGGGCUGGUUUCAUAAAACUCUUUGUAAAGUUACAAACAACUUUAGGUGUGACUGGGAUAUGAAGCACCAAAAUCGUUAGUCAAACGUUUCUAUUUUCUUUAGUUUUGACUGUUGGUGAUGGAGAUUUUAUUCUAAUAAUCUCAUUAAAAUGUAAAAUAUCAUUCUCUGCCUCAGCGAUAUGUGUUGACAGUGUUUUACAUCAGCGUUUUUCAACUUAUGUCCCACCACCAUUUUGACCUGUUCACACGUGAAUCUACCCAAGCCAUGUCAAGUUACAAGCAUAACAGCCCUUCGUACAAACUAGAAAACUAAGAAAGAUCACUCUUUGAAUAACACUCAAAAUGGGGCUGGAGAAACAUAUUUUAUAGAAUUUUCCUGUUAUUAGGUAAUGUGAAAAAUAUAACAGAGAGACCGAGUGGCUUCACUACCUACUCCAUAGAGUUUAACAUCAGUGUAUAGCAACUUUGGGGCAAUUUCAUAAAAUCUUUUUUGUAUGCCCCAACCCCCAUUUUCUCCAUAUUGUUAUGUCAGUGCAAGAAUACCCAGAAUGCCAUAUUUUUGCGCAUUGCAUGCACUCAUAAAUGCCUUAGUAGCACGCAUAAGUGGUGUUUCUGCACCAAUGUGUUGCACAAAAAAUUUUUGCUUAGGGCGUUCUUGUAUUAACACAACAAUUUUUUAUUCUUCACCCCAUGAAAUACCCAUGCCAUGUCAAUUUAAGAGCGUUACAACCUUUCAUACAAACUAGGAAAUUGAGGCAUUGUUUCAGGAAUGCUCCUUAUAUUAAGGGUUGGACAAUCAUAUUUUAAUAAUGAUAGUAAUAAUACACUUCAUUUAUAUAGCACCUUUUCGUCAGAUACAAAGCGCAUAAUUUUAUUAUAACUUUAAAAAUAACAGAAAGACAUAGGGGCUUCAAUACAUACUCCAGUCAUGCAUAACUUCAAGAUAAUUUAUGAGCCUGUUCCUUUAAAAUUCAUACUCCUAAUAUGAUGUUGCCCUUUUGAUAAUAAGAAAGGGGCCUGUGGUGAUAUGCUGCAGGGACUAUUCUUCAGAUUAUAUAGUAAUUCCUACCUUUCACUCUAUUUUAAGUUUCAGAAAACAUCUUCUUUCUUUGUAAAUAAAGUAUUCUUAGUUUUCAUCAGUUUAUCCCUGCUUCUGACCUUUCCUUCUUUCCUGGAUUUCUCCCUCCAGUGCUUUUGGAGAUUAUUCCUAUGAAGUCAGUAGUAUAAAUCCAAUGUUAAUAUAUCAUCCAGGGGUUAAAGCGGAAUACUUUGAUUAUCAUAGUAGAAACAAGGUAGAUAGUUGUGGCUACAUUUAGGUUCUGAACCUAAAGCAACAACUUCCAAGCGACACAUGAAUUUUAUAGAUGAAAUAUAAGGCUUGAAAAUAUGACCCAAAUUUACAAAGAAUUAUCAAAAAGAUUUUUUUUUAAAUAUUAGAGAUUGCUUGUCCCAUUACAAAAAGCUUUGCAAUUAAUCAUUGUACACAUUCCUAUAUGAUUGACUGCACUGACCACAAUGCAGAAUUAAUCACUAAAUCAAUUAUAUGAUCAAUCAUUAAAUUUUGUCAUGGAGUCAGAUGAAUAGAUGUCUUACAAGAAGCACAUUGUCAGAAAUAUUUAUCUCAUAAAGCUUGUACAUACAAUAUUAAAACUCUGACUAUUGUCUGUUCUCAUGAGAGUUAUAUUUUACCAGGUCUUUCAUUAAAAAAGUGGUAUUAUAUGAUUCAUAUGUUAUCAAAUCUAUUCAUUUGUCAAAGUGAAAAUAAUAUUAAGGGCUUAAAAACAUUUGUAUUAAACACUGUAUAAAUGUUUGGAAAUAGUUAUUGUUAAUCAUCAUUUGUAAACUUGUGAUCAGUUGCAAUUUGUGGAAUAUUGUCAAGAGGAUAAUCUAUUAGAGAGAACGGAUUGAAUUAUCUUUUUGAUUAGUAAAAAUAAUGGGAUGUUGACAUGAAUUCUAUGUUGCCUUCAUUUUCAAUGCAGCUGUCUAGUUGAUCAAUUUGAUGUAGUGCCUCUUAAACUCUGCUCUUGAAAAUGACUUCUGAACAAAACGUUGCCUUAUAUCUCUUUAUUGACUUGUAUUCACUCUUCUGCAAUAAUCUGCAACAAAUUUUUGAUUAAAACAAGGUAGAAAAUGUCACUCCUCAAUAAAUUGGCCAAUUUAAAUUGUGAGAUUUUGGUCAAGUUUGAAAAAAAAUCUGAGCUUUAAAAUAUGUAGUUUGUCAAAAUUGAUUGACAAAAUGUCUCUAGCAGUCUGGAAAAAAUUAUCUCAAAGGAACUCUUACAUCGUUUUUUCUUUUAAUUCAAUUUCAAGUAUGUGAAUUAUUACUCUGUACAAUGUCUAGUGGAGAUCUCUGUGGUGAAAUUUCAGAUCUUUGUGAAUAUACAUGCAUACCUAAUUUAGUAGUUCUAUAUCUAUUCUUGCCAAUGUACAGUAAAAAUGUGUGAAUGCAUGUAUUCUUGUAGUGUUUCUUGAUCAUUCAUGUGUAUAGAAAACAGAAUUGUGCAAAUAUUUAUUGCUGACGAGAUGAUUUCUUCUUGUGAGAAUAACCUCUUCUGAGAGCAUAGAAUUUAUCCAUUUUGUAAUCACAAGGAGCUUACAUGUGUGAAAUACAUUGUAUAUGUAUUUUGAUAUAUUUUCUUCAAGUGAGAAAAUAUAAUUCAACAUACAGUGUGUCCCAGAAAAAAGAUAAUUCAGUGUAUUUUUUGCUAUCCUGAUCAUAAAUUUUCUUCAUGAAAUAAACAUGCAUGAAAAAAAAUAUGCUUCUCUUCUGUUCAUAAUGCAUGCAUGACCAAGUUUUUUUAUGGGACGCACUGCGGUUUGAUAACUAACGAUGAUAGUGAAAAAUUAUGUAUGUUCUGAAACCAGUAGCAUGAUGAAUAUAAUCAAUCGUACAAUUAAUUGUAACUCUAAACCUAUGGUAAUCCAUGUAUAAAUAGUUACAAUCAAUUAUAGCUAUUGGUUGUACACUACCAUGUAACAGGGUCCAUUAGAUGGAAUUGAUUGUAAACUAUUCACCUGUAUACGCUUUGUUGCGACUUGUACCAUUUAAUUUAAAGGAGAAAAUGUCUAAUUUUGUGAACUUGAACAAAUACUGGUUGCAUUCCAAAUUAACUUUUGUCAUUGUAAAGUACAAUAUUUCUUGUCAUCUUAUAUGCAGUCUUAUGGAAAUGUUUAGCUCUUCCAGGGCUCUGGAACACAAAGUUUAGCAAUCAAUCACUAAAUGCCAAUGACCAAUCAAGAUUGAUGUUGCAUGUGCAUUUUGUACCAAAUGCUGGACAGGAACCAAUCAGAAUGGUUCUUUCAUAUUUUUAAUCUGUGUUACAGGGCCAGGACCCUUAGUGAUUGAUUGCGGGGCUGCUUUGUAACCAUUGCAAUUAUUUGUGUUUCAGGGCCCGCUUCUCAAUCCGAUCUAUGCAUUCUGUGUAUGUGAGAUUUCAAUAUGCAAUAAAUAAUUAUCUUAGAAGUGA